AACGUUUGCGUGUAGUGCGGUGUGGUGGUAGUCAGUCUGGGUGAAACUGUGAGCGUUGAGGCAGCUGUGUGGCGGUGCUCUCUAUCACAACCACUACUGGACAACUACCACAACUUUCUCACUGUAACAAUGUGAAAAUAUCGAGAAGAAAUCACCAAUUAUAUAUCAGAUAAAUACUUGUUGAUAAAUGAUGUGGCGUGUGUGUGGUGCCAUCUGGUGACAGCUGUCUGUGGUGACAAACGGUGAUUAUGGUGAAGUAUUGGUGAUAAAGUGCGUCUUACCUGGUCAUAAGGUUGAGAUUAUUAUGCAAGAGAUCUUCGAGAUGCCUUGGAAUGAUAAUGAAAUUUAAGGAUCCCAAUAUUUGUGCCUUUAUAAAGUGGUGUGGGAAUGAAAAGAUUUAAGAACACUGAUAGGCUCGUGAGGAGCUUUAGUACGGCAUUAAACUGCUUCUUAUGAAAGUUCUAAGGAAACUCACUUUUAACUCAAGCUGAAAUAAUAGUGUCAAAGCAGAAAAAAUAUAUCAUAUAAAUAUAGUCAUACAAAUUAAGACACAUGCAGUAUAUGUUACACGUACAGAAGAUUAAGGUUGUGUUAAUGAGUGUGGAGGCAAGGAAGAGUAAAAGUGUUGACCUUCUUGACAACUUGAGACGAACAGUGAUUCAUGACCAACAGCUCUUGAGUUGAUAGACAGAUAACGAGAUAAGGAUGCCCACUGUCAGAUGUUGCACUUAAAGUUGAAUAUACUGUACUGUAGGUGCGUAGAAACAAGGCACCAGUAGAACUAACAUUGACUGUGUCGGUGUGAAACUACAUAUAAAUAAAAGUGGUUAUUAGUUAGGGUGUCAGGGACUGGUAUGCUAAGUGGGUGUUUGUUUUUUGUAAGUUAGAUGAUUUAAGUGAGGCUAGUGGAGGAAGGGAACACUUAUACGAGUAAAGAGAGCGUUGACGAUGGACAUCGUGAGGUGGUGGCUGAAGAAACAAGCGUGGAUAAUAAUAGUGUGUGUCGUGACAUGGAGGGAGAGGUGAGGGUGACAUUAAACACACUCCUACGCCUACAGUGAGGGUGGCACGCUCGCCCACCAUGCCGCCCAUUACGCCGCCCUUUCCCCCAUGGUCACGGACGUGGGUGUGGGUGGUGCUAGUGUGUGGGUGUCUACUCCACGUGACAGCUGUUGCUGUUAACCCACCCGUGGCUGGUGUUUCUACAGCUGUGCCGUCGUCUGCGGAAGAACACAACAGGUCACUCCCUGACACCACCCACGGUGACAACAUUGACCACAGUAACAGUACCGUCACCACCAAAACGCCCGAGGCUGCAGUGAACCCCACCACCAUCCCGGUGUUGACGACGAGUACAGAGCCGCCGCGGGUGACGGUGACCCGCGAGAACAACGUGACGGAGGUGACUGUCAUCUGCUCCUCCACCCCGAGGUUGUUCCCUGGUCUGCCCACACCCCCUGGGCGUCGCACUACUGAAGCUGCUGACGACACUGCUUAUACCACUUCCACUCUCGUCACCCUCGCGGCCUCUGGCAGGGGGGUGGAGGUAGACCUGAGCCAGCUGGUGGAUGAUGGAGGUAACCAGCUGGUGGUGGACGUGGGAGGUUGUGGGCGUGUGGAUGUGGGCGGGGGCGUACCUGGGUGGGCGGAGGGGGUGGUACUAGCCAUUAAGGGAUCACUGGUGCUCAGGUCAGGGUGGUGGGCGGGGUCUAACACCCUUAAGAUGAUGUGGAUUCGAGUGGACGGGGGCGUGAACGGGGAGGUGGGCGGGCUGUGCGAGUCCCUGCCGCCCACACUAGAGAGUCUGGACGUGUCACAGACCCGUAUGGGGACGCUGCUGCUAGACAAGUCCUGCGUCCCGCCCACUCUACAGCGCCUGGAGGCCGUCCGCACCGACCUCACCAGGCUGUCCCUCUGCACGCCAACCUUGGUCUCCCUCCACGUCUCCUUGAACGAGGUGGUGGGCGGGCUACAGUGGGCGGGGUGUGAGGGCGGAGUGGCAGCCGUGGAGUACCUCCAGGCCAACAGCAACAACCUGACAGCGGCCUCCACGUGCGGCUGGCCUGGCCUCCGCACCCUCGACCUCCGCCAUAACCACCUGGCCGGCCUCGAUCUGUCCUCCUGCCCGCCCACCAACCUCUCCCGUGUCACGGCCUCCCGUAACUACCUAGUCACGCCGCCCACACUGCCACCCACCCUCCUCUACCUAGAUCUGAGUCAUAACUAUCUGACCACGCUGCCUGUACUGACUCACAUCCUCAUGGAGGCUGACCUCUCUCACAACAAGGUGAUGGAGGUGGGCAAGUCGAGGUUCAAGCAUGCCCGUAAACUGCUGCUGCUGAACCUGGCAUACAACCACCUUACCCAGCUGAACGAACGGGACCUGGCUGGCCUGCGGAGUCUGCGGAAACUAGAUGCGAGUCAUAACCGUCUGAGACACAUCUCCCCUAACUCCUUCGUGCACCUGCACCACCUGCGACACCUACACCUGCAGAAGAACCACCUGACCACACUGUACGCCCGUGAUUUGGCUGCUCUCAAGCCUCAUGCUCACGCCACCCUCCAGCAGAACCCAUGGAAGUGUUCCUGUUCCCUCCUGGCUGACCUCAACAGUCUACACUCCUGCCCAACCUGCCAGCACCAGGCGGAGGAACUCAAGUGUCGGGAGCGAGGAUCAUGGGUGCCAGCAACGACUGUCCUACACUCGUGCCUGCAGGCGGUGCAGGACAUGAUGGACGUGACAGACGGCCAAUACCUGGAUGAGUCCGACGAGGACAUAUCAGAGGAGGAGCCCGAGACACUUGCUGGGGGUGGCAGCGGGUCCCCCAAGGCAGUGCUGGUGGUGCCAGGGGUGGUAAUACUCCUGCUGAUAGCCAUCACAACAGCGAUGGGCUACAGGAUGUAUCACCGUCACCGCCGUGCCAUCACCACCAGGCUGGCCCCCUUCUGUGGAUUCUGCGGCUACUGUGCUCCCACCACCGUCAACAACAACCAUCACAACCACCAGCAAGAUCAACUCUCACAAAUGGCCAAUGAUUCAGACACAGAGACAGAGUUGUGAUAGGAAUACAGAGAAUGAAUUAUGAACAUUAUGAAGAUAAUUAUGGUUUGGAUACAGAAAAUGAACACUACUGUAGUGACCUGGGUUGUGAUCUGGUCCUGUACUGUACUGUAUCUGGCUACAGGCUGUUAGGGUUCUCACAGAGUGACUGGUGAUCUGCAGUUGUAAGUAAUUCAACCAAAAAAAUGUAAAUGGAUGUUACAGUGGUCACAAAAUUUCAGUCAAGUGUACAGUUCAUUGUGUAAGUAGCAGUAGUGUACAGAACAGGAGUAAGUAACUAUUGUACAGCACAGGUGUAAGUAACAGUAGUGUACAGAACAGGUGUAAGUAACAGUAGUGUACAGCACAGGUGUAAGUAACAGUAGUGUACAGAACAGGUGUAAGUAAGUAGUGUACAGAACAGGUGUAAGUAACAGUAGUGUACAGAACAGGUGUAAGUAACAGUAGUGUACAGAACAGGUGUAAGUAACAGUAGUGUAAAGUGUAGGUACAGGUGUACAGUGAACCCUCACUUUAUGCGGUCAACUGAACCGCGUAAAGUGAGAAACGCGUAAAAUGAACAACAUAACAUAUGGGAUUAAUUGAAAUAGAGACCGGGCCGACCC